CUGCUGCUCCUCUUGGCUGCUUCUCCAAGAACUGCAGGAGACCAAAUGCAGCUCCUCUGAAAUUUUCCACCUAUAGGGAAGUUUUGUCCUCUCCUGUAGCCAAUAGAAACAGAUAUGCAAUUCCGGGAAGCUGUUUUGGCUUCUCAGAACAUGAUCUGGCUGCUAGCCAUGAAUGCUUUUGGGGUGUGUGUGUGGAGCUCAUGCCUGCCAUCUCCAUUUUAUUCAGCUCAGAACAGAGUCGGCCAUCGACAGAGAGGGAGAGAAGAAACUGCAGAGCAGAGGGACCAUCGAACACGAGAGUCUUCUUCAAGCUCCAGAGGCAUCACAAAGAAGCAAUCUGCCUGGACAAUGGAUGAAUGGAGAGCGGAAGUUAGAGAGACCACCGAAGCACAGGAGAGCAGAAACCUCAAUGAAGAUCUACGGAUUGUUCUUGUUGGGAAGACGGGAGGAGGGAGAAGUGCCACAGGAAACACCAUUUUGGGCGAAAAGAAGUUUGAGUCCAAAUCUUCACUGAAGGCAGUGACCCAGACUUGCAAGAGAGAAGUCCGGGCAGAGAAAUGGGAAGGAAAGCAAGUUGUUGUCGUUGACACUCCAGCCAUUUUUGACACCUGCCUUCCAGAGCAGCAGAAUAAUGCAGAGAUCCAGAAGUGUCUCUCUCUCUGUGAGCCAGGUCCCCAUGCUCUGGUGUUUGUGACGCAGGCCGGCCGUUUCACCGAGGAAGAUACUGUGGCCGCCGAGAGGGUGGAGAAGGUCUUUGGCCCAGAGGCCACAAAGUACAUGAUUGUCUUGUUCACCCGCAAAGAAAACCUAGAGACAGAAAGCCUAGAGGAGUACAUAGAGCUAUCUGGAAACCGACCUCUUCAGGAUUUGGUGAGGAAAUGCCAGGGCCGUUGCUGUGCUUUCAACAACAGAGCAACAAGAGAUGAGCAGGAGCUGCAAGUGAAGGAGCUGCUGGUGGAAAUUAAGCAGAUGAUGAUGGACAACCAGAACAAGCCUUUCCUUCAGCAGUUUCCAAGAGGACCUACAAGAAGCGCAGACAAAAUGAAACCAGAGGAAGAAGCAAUGGACACAGACAAGGGAGGACCAUGUGUAUUCCCUGAAGAAAAUUUGAAUUGGAUCACCAGGGGAAGAGACUCCACAACCAUGUCCACACCACUGGGAAGGCCUGGCCACACCACAUCACUGGGGCACCCUGAGCCUCCCCAACCAACAGGACAGGAAGAAAGGAACCCUCUGCCAAUCCCAGGAGGAUCUGGGGCGACCGAUGGAGGGAGAAGUGCUCCAAGGAACCCAGAGACCACCAAAGCACAGGAGAGCAGAAACCUCAAUGAAGAUCUAUGGAUUGUUCUUGUUGGGAAGACGGGAGGAGGGAGAAGUGCCGCAGGAAACACCAUUUUGGGUGAAGAGAAGUUUGAGUCCAAACUCUCCCUGAAGCCAGUGACCGAGACUUACAGCAUAGAGGUCCGAGCAGAGAGGUGGAAGGGGAAACAAGUGGUCGUCAUUGACACUCCGGACAUUUUUGAUGCUCGUCUUCAAACACAUCAUGAUAUUCUGGAAGUCCAGAAGUGCGUCUCUCUUUGUAAGCCAGGUCCCUAUGCCCUGGUGUUUGUGACGCAGGCCAGCCGUUUCACCGAGGAAGACACUGUGGCCGUGAAGAGGGUGGAGGAGGUCUUUGGCCUAGGGGCCACAAAGUACAUGAUUGUCUUGUUCACCCGCAAAGAAGACCUAGAGACAGAAAGCCUAGAGGAGUACAUAGGGCUGUCUGGAAACAGAGCCCUGCAGGAUUUGGUGAGGAAAUGCCAGGGCCGUUGCUGCGCUUUCAAAAACAAAGGGACGGGAGAGGAAAGGGCCAGCCAGGCGGAAGAGCUGCUGGUGAAAAUCGAGCAGAUGAUGAUAGACAACCAGAACAAGCUUUUCCUUGAGCUGUUUCCAAGAGGAUCGACAAGGAGCGCAGCUGAAAUGAAACCAGAGGAAGAUGCAAUGGACACAGACGAAGGAGGACCAAAUGAAUUCCCUGAAGAGCCUGGGAACCUGAGUCUCUCCCACAAGGAUUCCGAACUGCGGGUUGUUCUCGUUGGGAAGACGGGAGGAGGCAGAAGUGCCACAGGAAACACCCUUCUGGGGGAGAAGAAGACCUUUGAGUCCAAACUCUCCCCGAAGCCAGUGACCAAGACUUACAGCAGAGAGGUCCGAGCAGAGAGGUGGAAGGGGAAACAAGUGGUCGUCAUUGACACUCCGGACAUUUUUGAUGCUCAUCCUCAAACAGAGCAUGAUAUUCUGGAAGUCCAGAAGUGCCUCUCUCUCUGUGAGCAAGGUCCCCACGCCCUGGUAUUUGUGACGCAGGCCGGUCGUUUCACCAAGGAAGAUGCUGUGGCCGCCAAGAGGGUGGAGAAGGUCUUUGGCCCAGGGGCCACAAAGUACAUGAUCGUCUUGUUCACCCGCAAAGAAGACCUAGAGACAGAAAGCCUAGAGGAGUACAUAGAGCUAUCUGGAAACCGACCUCUUCAGGAUUUGGUGAGAAAAUGCAAGGGCCGUUGCUGCGCUUUCAACAACAAAGGGACGGGAGAGGAAAGGGCCAGCCAGGCGGAAGAGCUGCUGUCUCUGAUUGAGAUGGUGGUUCAGGAGAACGGGGACCAGCCGUAUCUCAAGCCUUGUCUGAUGGAGAUGUCACUGAGGUCAGAUGGAAGGAAUCCUGGAGAGACUUCAAAACAAACAGCAGCAGGGGAACCAGUGGAAGAUGAAAUGAAUGCUGGAGGAAUCCCUGAAGGGCAGCAGAAGAAGAAUCAUCAAUCCACAUAA